UUGUAGCUUAAAUAGUAGAAAGAUGGAAGGAGCAUUGAUUGAAAGAAAAAAAAAAAGAAGAUAGCAAGAUGGCAAGCUCAAGCUCAAGCUCUAACGAGUCUAAUCCAUAUGUGAUGGUGGAAGUUGGAGAAGAAUACCCAUACCCCACACAUGUUUGUGCCCCCAAUUUUGUUACCUUGAAGCUGAGUUGUAGGGAUGAGUACAGUAUGUGGAAAACACAGAUGCUAUGUCUGUUAGGGAGUUAUGGUAUGUGUGGUUUCAUCGAUGGAACAUUCUUAAGACCUCAAACCAGUGUUUGCGGAAAGGAGAAAGUGAGUGACCAUCACACACCGUGGGGAAAAUCAGAUGCCUUAGUCAAGAGUUGGAUACUUGGUUCUCUUUCUAAAGAAACACUCGGGUAUGUUUUAAAUCGUCUUACAGAAAAAUUUAUUCUACAGAGAAAUGCCGCUGAUUUCAGUGCAAAAGAUGUAUGGGAUGAACUGCAGACUAUCUAUGGACCUGCUGCUCUUCUACAACUGCAGACCAAAUAUGGUCCGGCUCAUGUUCUUCCACAAGAGCAAGUUGAAGAUGAACAAGAUAAAAAAAGAGCAGAACUUCAUCAAAUCGUGUACCAGGCUACUGUAGCAGGGAACUGGAAUUUAGUUCAUGUGAUUUUGAAGACCGGACAAAUUACAGUGGUUGACAAAAUCACCAACAAUGAGAACACAGUACUCCAUGUAGCAGUGGGUACUACCAAGAAGUCAGAACUCUUAGAGAAAUUGUUGAAACUGAUACCCGAAAACACGCCAAUAGACGUGCGGAAUUCAGAUGGAAGCACACUUCUUCAUGUUGCUGCUAUUGUUGGCAACACCGAAGCUGUUAAUGUCUUGAUGGAAAAAAACCGAGAUUUGUUGUUGGCCAUGGACAACGAGGGUCAUACACCACUAGCCGUAGCUCUUUCUAAUAUGCAUACAGAGACGUCUAAUCAACUGUUGCUUCACAUCAACGCUGACAAAGAGAAAUUCUCAAGCACAAUUGGUGAUGCUCUGUUUUCUGGUACAAGUGGUGAUCACCUUCUAGUCACUGCUAUUUCUUCUAAAGAUUUUCGUUUGGCACGUAAGAUGAUGCGGAAGUACAAAGCGUUGCAUGGUGACGCCGUAAUGGUGGCUCUAGCUCAAAAUUUCCCAUGUGAACUUAGUAUAUUGGAAGAAUAUAUAGGGACUUAUAUAAUACUUUUCAGAGUAACCAGAUUUCUGGAAACCUCGUUUAAUUAUAUGGUUUUCAGAUGUGUCCCGUUAUGUGGUUCGUGGGUUGGAAAGAUAAUCCGUUUAUUCUAUGCUGGAACUGUUUGGAUUGUUUUGCAUUUCCCACCAAUAUUCAAGAUUUUAGAGCGACCAUUCAUCAAAAAGAGAGUUCAAAUUCAUCAAGAUGCUUACAGAUUGUUAAUUGAUGCAUGUUCAAAGAUAAAGUCAUGCAAAGACUCCCGCUGCUACCAUCAUUAUUACACGAAUCCCAUCUUUGAAGCCACAAGACUAGAUGCAUGUGUGGUUGUAAGCAGCAUUAUAAGUGAAUUCCCAAAUGCAGUUUGGAGUGCCAAUGAAAAUGGGCACAACUUUAUUCAAUACGCCGUGAUAAAUCGCUCAGAAAAGGUUUACAACCUUUUGUAUCAAAUGAGUGAACAUAAAAAUAUUUAUAGAACCAUCAAAGAUUCCUUUGGAAAUAACCUCUUGCAUCUCGCGGGAAGAUUGGCACCUGCCAAUAAAUUGAAUCUUAUAUCGGGUGCUGCUUUACAAAUACAACGUGAAUUACAGUGGUUUAAGGAAGUUGAAAGAUUUGUGUGUCCUCUAAACGUUGUACAAAAAAACUCGUUUCACGAAACACCUCAAAUGGUCUUUACAAGAGAACAUAAAGAGUUGGUGAUUGAUGGAGAAAAAUGGAUGAAGGCGACUGCAGAAUCGUACACAAUUACAGCAGCAUUGAUCACAACCAUUAUGUUUGCAGCUGCUAUUACAGUGCCAGGAGGAAACAAUCAGGAAAAGGGAAUUCCAAUCUUUAGUCACGCAAAGGCCUUCACAAUAUUUGCGAUAUCAGAUGCCAUAUCGUUAUUUGCAUCUGUAACUUCGUUGUUAAUGUUUUUGUCGAUUCUCACAGCACGUUUUGCUGAGCAGGAUUUUCUUUUCAAGUUGCCUUCAAAGUUGAUAAUUGGGUUGGCAAUGUUGUUCAUCUCAACGACAUCGAUGGUAGUAGCUUUUGGUGCAACAUUAUACCUCGUAUUUGGGCACGACAAUUCACGGAUUCUUACGCCAAUAGCUGUAUUCACAUGCUUACCAAUUACUGCUUUUGUGACCCUGCAGUUCCGUCUUGUCAUAGACUUGAUCAGCACUACAUACGGUCUUAGUAUUUUUGGAAAGAAAAGAAACAGUGUGUUGUAUUAAAGCUUUAGGGCGUGUUUGUAGUAUUUUUGGUAAGAAAAGAAAUUGACUGUCGUACUAAA